CUCUGUCCGCUAUGGAAAAUUCCUUCUCCCUGCGAUUCGCGCUUCUAUGCGCCGCGUCUUUCCUUGCCAUACUCUACGGCACCAAGGUCACGGCCACAACCGCCACCCCUGCCACCACCGCCACCAACCAAGGUUUCGAAGCUCCCUUCCCGCCAUCCAAUCCUCCACCAACUCCGCACAAUAUCCAAGAACACUCGUUCUUUUCUCACACCGCGCUCCUCCCUCCGAUCUUAUCUCACCUCGGCUUCCACGAGCUGGCAACGGCAGCACCCUCACUGUCCGACGCAGCAACCACCGCUUCCUCAGCCUGGAACGGUCCUUCCACAAUCUUCGCUCCCUCCGAUGCUUCUCUCCGCACCUGCGUUUCUUGCUCCGUCCCGAACCUCCUCCGCGAGCACAUCGUUCCCGGCCUCUUCACCAUCGAUUAUCUCCGGAAACUUGCUUUCGGCACAAAGAUUGAGACCUUGAGUGCAGGACGUUGCAUCACUGUUACCUCCGAGACGCAUCAUCGGAACACCAAUACCAAUACCAACACCAACAACACCAUGGCCGCCGCAAAGGUUUUCAUAGGCGGUGUGGAGAUCACGCAACCGGAUCUCUUCAACAACGGCAUGGUAGUUGUUCACGGCCUUCAAGGUUUCGUCUCCCCUCUAUCCCCGUUCUCUUGCGAGGUGGAGAGGAUGACGUCGCUCUCAUUUCCGUUCCAUCCGGAUCACCGUUCCGGUCACGGUCAGCAUCAUCUCCACUCUAACAACGCGGCCGCGCAACCUUCUAUGAUGCGCUUGAUGCUCCGAGACGCGAUGCUCAGACUCCGCAACAACGGCUUCAGCAUCCUCGCCCUGGCGAUGAAGGUUAAGUACGCGGAGCUCGUGACGCUUAACAACAUGACUGUGUUCGCCGUCGACGACAUCUCCAUCUUCUCCGGUUCGCACGCUUACAUCAGUAACGUCAGGUUCCACAUCGUGCCGAACCAUUACCUGUCGAUUGCGGAUCUCGAGAAGCUUCCAGUCGGAACUGCUCUGCCAACGCUGGAACGAGGUCAGCCGCUCAUCAUCACGACCUCCGGCGGAGGAGAGAUGUCGGCACCAAUGAGGAUUAACUACGUGAGGCUUAAGGUUGCGGAUUUGAUCCGCAACGUGAAGAUCGUGGUGCACAGUGUGUAUUUACCGUUUCCCCAUAUCAAUCCUGUGGCUGCUGUUUAUGAUACUAUCGUAGGCGGUGAAGGAGCCUCAGAAGGAGAGAGUGAUGUUUCAGAUUCUGCAGAACAGAUGCCACAUGGAACUUGUUCAGCUCUUGAUGGACGUGGAAGUUGCGUCACUGGUGUGCCUCCAUUGCCUCACGUCAAGGCAAUGGUGGAGAUUGAAGACCACCAUGGCCUGUGAAUAAUUCCAUCCUCAGAUUCACGAUGAGUGAUCUCUGAGUGCAGUUUGUAGUUAGUUCACUCUGUUAUCGCUCUCAUUAGCUUGUGUUAUCUUCCUUUGGUUUGAGGAUAACCUGUGUAUAGUCAUAGUCAGUCAAUUUGUUGAUUUUGUUCUUCAA